AUGCCUAAAAAUAGCAAAGUUGCAAAGAGGGAACUUGAUGAAGAUGUCACAGAGUCUGUCAAGGACCUUCUUUCCAAUGAGGACAUGAAUGACGAUCAAUUUAAAAGGAGUGCAUUAUAUGUAGAUGACUCCCAAACUGACAAAGAUGUGGACAUUGAAGAAGGAUCUGAUAUUGAAGAAGAAAGGCCAGCCUGGAAUAGCAAACUUCAGUACAUUCUGGCACAGGUUGGAUUCUCAGUUGGCUUAGGCAAUGUAUGGCGAUUCCCAUAUUUAUGCCAAAAAAAUGGUGGAGGUGCUUACCUCGUGCCUUAUUUGAUUUUACUGCUCAUUAUUGGGAUCCCACUGUUUUUCUUGGAGCUUGCUGUGGGCCAAAGGAUCCGACGUGGCAGUAUUGGUGUAUGGAAUUUCAUCAGCCCCAGACUUGGAGGAAUUGGAUUUUCAAGCUGCAUUGUGUGCUUCUUUGUCGCUCUGUACUAUAAUGUUAUUAUUGGGUGGAGCUUCUUUUAUUUGUCAAAGUCCUUUCAGCAUCCAUUGCCCUGGGAUCAAUGUCCCUUGGAAAAAAAUGGCAGCCAGACCUUUGUUGUGCCUGAAUGUGAGAAAAGCUCUGCCACUACAUAUUUCUGGUACCGAGAGGCGCUGAAUAUAUCUAACUCUAUCUCAGAGAGUGGGGGUCUGAACUGGAAAAUGACUAUCUGCCUCUUCAUAGCCUGGCUUAUGGUUUGUCUUGCCAUGAUCAAAGGCAUUCAAUCUUCAGGAAAGGUGAUGUAUUUUAGUUCUCUGUUUCCCUAUGUUGUACUUAUCUGCUUCCUGGUUCGAGGUCUUCUCCUGAAAGGUUCUUUGGAUGGAAUCCGUUACAUGUUUACCCCUAAGUUGGAAAUUAUGUUGGACCCUCAGGUCUGGAGAGGGGCUGCAACCCAAGUAUUCUUUGCCCUCGGGCUAGGGUUUGGCGGUGUGAUUGCUUUCUCCAGUUACAACAAACGAGAUAACAACUGCCAUUUUGAUGCUGUCCUUGUCUCCUUCAUCAACUUCUUUACAUCUGUGUUAGCAACACUGGUAGUGUUUGCUGUCUUGGGCUUUAAAGCGAAUAUUAUCAAUGAAAAAUGUAUUGUGAGAAACACAGACAAGAUCCUGGAAAUGCUUAAAGUAGGUGCAGUCAGUCAUGAUCUCAUUCCUCAUCAUGUUAAUUUAUCAGAUGUUUCAGCAACGGAUUAUCAUCAGAUGUACAACAUUAUAAAGGAGGUGAAGGAAGAGGAAUUUCCAAAGUUAGGCCUGGAUUCAUGUCAAUUAGAGGAUGAACUUAACCAGGCUGUGCAGGGAACAGGCUUAGCCUUCAUUGCCUUCACUGAGGCCAUGACGCACUUCCCAGCAUCACCCUUCUGGUCAGUGUUGUUCUUCCUGAUGUUAGUAAAUCUGGGCUUGGGCAGCAUGUUUGGCACCAUUGAAGGAAUACUCACCCCUCUUGUAGACACAUUCAAAAUGCGCAAAGAAAUUCUCACCAUUGGCUGUUGUCUCGUGGCUUUCAGUGUAGGUCUCCUCUUUGUGCAGCGCUCUGGAAACUACUUUGUAACCAUGUUUGAUGAUUACUCCGCCACACUACCCCUGCUAAUUGUGGUCAUCCUGGAAAAUAUUGUUGUCGCUUGGGUUUAUGGCACAGAUAAGUUCAUGGAGGACUUGAAGGAUAUGCUUGGAUUCACUCCUUUCAGAUAUUACUAUUACACAUGGAAAUACAUUUCUCCACUUAUUUUGAUUGCUUUGCUUGUGGCAAGCAUUGUCCAGAUGUGUUUGAGUCCACCAGGCUACGAGGCCUGGAUUAGUGAAUUGGGUACCGACAGAUUUCUGAGUUACCCAACGUGGGGCUUGGCUGUCUGUAUUGGCCUUGUGUUAGUCGCCAUACUCCCUGUCCCAGUCAUCUUCAUCAUCCGUUAUUUUAACAUAAUGGAUGAUGGCUCCAACUCUCUGGCCUCAGUCUCUUACAAAAAGGGACGGAUUCUGAAGGAGAACUCCAACUUGGAAGAAGAUGAUGCCAGUCUUCUACACAGCAAGACCCCAACUGAGAUGCACUCGCCAAUGGUUGGAAACAACAUUUACCGAAAACAAAAUGGAUCCCCCACUCCGGAAGCAGACACAGCUCCAAACGGCCGCUAUGGCAUUGGAUACUUAAUGGCUGACAUGCCUGAAUCAGACUUGUAG